AUGAAGUUGGGUGGUUUCACGCUCAAGAAGGGAAAGAAGAAGGCGCUUGUUGCAUCUGCAGAUUUCAAAGUCUGCAAUCCUACGACUCGUCAGGUAUCUGAGAAAGUCUAUGUGACUGAAUUUGAUCCUACUGUGCCAGCAGCGCUAACGGAGUACGGAAAGCAGCCAUUGGUCAUUCCUCUAUUGGCAAGUACUACCCAGAAUGUGGUCUCAAAAGACAUUAAAAAUUGCAAUGAACCCGAAUUAACUAUUGAAAUAGGCACUUCAGUGGACGAGCAAGCCGCAGCCGAAAUUUUGGCUGAGACGCACGCACAUGCAACGACUCACAAUAGUGAUCAAACCCUCGUGAUUCCUAGUGAGAGGGGAGAAAAGCGUGCGGAAUUGUUUUCAAACAACAAUUCGCAAUUACACAAAAAUGGAAAAUUGCCCAUUUUGCAACAAAAUGUUGUUCCAGGUCUUGAUCAGUUACAAGACGUUGUCGACAAGUAUCGGCAUGAUGUAGCUUCACGACCCGAAGCUCUUGAUGUUCACAGUGAUGUUUACGAGUCUAUACCCAUUGAAGAAUUUGGAGCGGCGCUUUUGCGUGGAAUGGGCUGGACUGGAAAUGUCAAUGCGGAUGACGUAGGUUUGACGCCACAACCAAGACACAAAUUGUUGGGGCUAGGGGCAACAAAACGGCCUACUUUGCCAGGAGAAGAAAAAAAGAAAACGAGAAAAAAACAAAAGAAAGAAGUAUCAAAAGACAAGAAAUCCGAUCGAGACGAUAGAAGAAGACCAAGUUCGGUGGAAAAAACGUUAAAUGGCAAAAGUAUUGGUAAAAACUGA